GCUGAACAGCUGUCUUCUCUAGCGCACAUCGCACCACGCUGACUUGUGAGGGCAGAGGGACAGUUGGUUGGUGGCAGCGACGCAGUGCAGUCCAGUGUGUGGUAGAGUGCGGUGCGGUUCGCUCCUAGUUGGACAGUGGUUGCAGUUGCAGUGUCGUUCAUCCGACCCAAGAGUGACAGCCAGUUUGUUAACGGAUGAUGAUAGACUCGGCUCUCUUAUCAGGUGAACUUAAUCUCUGCAGUCGCGUUUGACAAUCGCUUAUCUUGCGUGUUUCCAUUGAGCGUCCAGUUCACCACCAUGGCAUCCUCGAAAGUUGUUCGGUGUCGCCAGGAAAGCCUUCCCAAGGAAAUCUCGUCGGUUGACACCAGCGAUGCUUCCGACGCCGAAAAAGAUUUGGCCGUCGACGACUUCGAUAUCAUCAAAACAAUAGGCACUGGAACAUUUGGGCGUGUAUGCUUAUGCAGAGAAAAGUCUAGCAGUGAAUACGUUGCUAUGAAAAUUCUAGCCAUCGGCGAUGUAAUUCGGCUGAAGCAAGUAGAGCACGUUAAAAACGAGAAGAACAUACUGCAGCAAGUUCGUCAUCCUUUUAUUGUUAAUUUGAGGUGGCACUUCAGAGACAAUAGUCAUAUCUACAUGCUAUUCGAUUAUGUAUGUGGAGGAGAAUUAUUUUCUUAUUUGAGAAAUGCUGGCAGAUUCACAACAAGUACAGCCAAUUUCUACACAACUGAGAUAGUUGUGGCCUUGGAAUACCUACAUUCACAAAGUGUUGUAUACAGAGAUCUGAAACCUGAGAACUUGUUACUAGACAAAGAUGGCCAUCUGAAAAUAACAGAUUUUGGAUUUGCCAAAAAACUCACUGACAGGACGUGGACACUUUGUGGCACACCGGAGUAUUUAGCACCAGAAAUAAUUCAAAGUAAAGGACAUAACAAGGCCGUUGAUUGGUGGGCCCUAGGUGUUUUAAUAUACGAAAUGCUAGCGGGCUAUCCACCAUUUUUUGAUGACAACCCAUUUGGAAUCUAUGAGAAAAUUUUGGCUGGAAAAAUCGAAUGGCCCAGGCAUAUAGAUCCAGUUGCCAAAGAUCUUAUCAAGAAACUAUUAGUACAAGAUAGAACAAAAAGGCUGGGAAAUAUGAAGAAUGGUGCAGAGGAUAUCAAGAGGCACCGAUGGUUCAAAUCAAUGGAUUGGCAAGAUGUGUACUUCAAAAGACAGAAGCCACCAAUAGUGCCAAGAGUGAGCUACGAUGGAGACACGCGCAACUUCGACGAAUACCCAGAGUCCGACUGGAAGUCAGCACCAUGUGUAGGCGAAUUGGAGAUGAAACUAUUCGAUGACUUUUGAAAUCAUCAUUCACUCAGUAUUCUCAGACUUGAUUUGUGGAUUUUGAAUGCAGUGCAUUUUAUUAGUUCCUAACUUCGAUAUUGAUUUGUAUAGUAUACGGUACCAAUUUAUCAUUUUUUAUUGGAAACUGAAAUAGAUGUACUUAGUAUCUUGAAAAGAGAUUCGAUUCUAGGCAAUAAUAUAUUGGAGGAAACGAGAAUUUGUGAAUUCUGAAGUGAUCUAUGCAUAGUUCAUACUAACAAAACACUAACACUACUUCAAGAUUAUCAUGACAUGAUACAAAAAUGUGACCAAAUCUGGAAUGCUCAAAGAUUCUGUUCUAAGAGCGCACUUUCAUAGUGAACACAAGAGGCAUUGUGACACUGCCAUUCAAUAAUUGUUGCACUCUUAUCAUGUGACUUUCCAUGCACAACAGCGCUAUGAUAAUAAAUAUACACAAUGAUAAGGGGCCCAUGCUACUAAUAUUGACAAUGAUGAAGCUUUGCAACUAAAGAAAAGGUUUUCUAAAUACUUCAAUUUUAAAACAACCAGUUCAAGAUUAUAUUUUUAAAAUAUAUCAAUUAUUACAAUGAAAAUUGGGAACAAUGAAUAUCGAAAAAUAUGAUCUAACAAAAGAAUUUAAACUCAAAUUCCAAACUGUUUUAUUCAAAUAAAAAACUAAAAUUCAACUAUUUAGCUAUUACACAUUUGCAAAACAAAUUUAUAAAAUUCAUUUUCAAUUUACCAUACAGUACAUUUAUUUGAUUUGUAAUACAUUAUGGAAAUUUGCUUUUAAAUAACAUCAUGAUACAACUUGAACAGCACAGAUUAUAUUAUUAAUAGCUAAUUUUGAAACAUUUUCAAAAAAAACAAUUAGUUAUCUAGUGAUGAUUAUUGAUAACUGUGAUUUAAUAAUAACUCUAGGAUGUAAAUCAUUUUAGUGUAGGCACCAGUCGAAAAGUGUAGAAUGUAAAUAGAUGUGAAGACUGCUAAAUAUAGAUAAAAUGUAAAUACCUGUAGACAGAAUAUUAGCUUGUACAUUUAAUUUUGUAAAUAAAAUUAAUUUAUAACAAUGUUUACCGUUAAAAGAACAACAGGAUCACGAAAUAUUUUAUACAAAUGUAACAAAAUGUAAAAUAAUGAUAUUCAAAUAACAGUUGUUGAAUAAUUCACAAUGUGUUGGACAGAAGCAAAAUUUGUACUAGAAGAAUAAUAAAUUACUAUAUUUCUGGAACUUU